AUGAUUUCAUCUCAAGACCCACCAACAACAACGACUACUUCAACAACUACCUCAACUGAAAAGUCAACAGAGUCUGAUCAAGACGAUAUCAUUGAAAACUCGCAGGCUGAUUAUAAUACUACCUCGAAAAAGAUUGAUGAUACUAGUAGUAGUAGUAGUGGAGAUGAUGACAAUGACAACGAUGACAAUGGAAAAGAAGAGCAAGAAGAAGAAGAAGUUGACAUAUUCACAGAUUAUGCAAACAAAACAGAGAUACCUGAUUUCUUUGCGCCUGGCUUUGCCAACCAACCACUCAGCUUUUUAAACGCUGCCUCUCAGACUGUUGAUGAUUUAUCGGGAACUGGCGUCGGCACACAACAACAACACCAAAUAUCACAAGUGUUUCUCUUUGACCAAGACGAAGAACAAGAGAUGGACAUUAACGUCUUUAAAAGUCGUCUCUCAAAAGAACAAAAAGAGAAACAACGAAGUUCUUCUACACAAUCGAAUCAAUCAACUACCAUACCACCAGCAACUCAAGACAAUCAAGAUGAUGAGGAUGAAGAAGAAGAUGAAGAUGAAGAUGAUGAAGAGGAAGAAGAAGAUGAUGAAGAAGAUGAAGAUAAAGAUGUUGAAAUGAAACCAACAACAACAACGACAACAAAUUUUGGAAUUAAUAAUAACAACAAUAAUAAUAGCAAGAAUAAUAAUGGUCUUUCAACUCAAGAAUUCAUCUCUUCGAAAUUGACAGAAAUGCUAUCACAGAAAUCACCUGCAUCUGGCAGUACUAUUGAAUCGUCACAAGAGAGUACUGUUAAAAGAUUCACUGUUUUGGCAUCACAGUCACCAAAUUCAUCGCCAUUCAAACCAAAGGUUGUUGCUUCUAGGUUGGCUCGUGUCCCACCACCUCCAGCUGACAUGGAUAGUCAAGAUGAGGCGGAGCAAGAAGAGAAUGAAAAGGAGAAGGCAUCUGGUAUACUACCACCGACUCCCAUUGACAAUCUAAAGAUGCAUACAUCUAUGCAACCUAUGUUUGAUCAACCUACCAUUGAAGAAGACGAAGAAGAAGAGAAAAUGGAACAAGUAGCCAACAACAAAAACAACAAUAGUAAAGAUGAAGAUGAGGAUGAAGAUAUGGAUGAUGACAAUGGGGAAGAAGAAGAAGAAGAAGAUGAAGAAGAGGAUGAUGAUAGUGAAGAGGAAGAGGAAGAGGAAGAUGAGGACGAAUUAUUUAAUUCAAAGAUUAACUAUAUAUCUCAAUCCAGACAAACUUCUGAACAACUUAAACAACAACAACAACAAAAGAUACAAGAACAAUCAAAGAACAAACAAAAGGAACAACAACAACAACAACAACAACAAGAUAUACAUGACCAAUUAUUAAAUAGUGAAGAGGGAAGCAGUGAUUUAGAAGGUAGAUUAAAACUAAUGUGCGAGGCUUGUGGAAAGAAUCCGCCAGUAUUUAUUACAAAGGAUAAUAUUCAAAUGUGUGCAAGUUGUUCAAAAGGAAAGCAACUUGGUCAUGGUGAUAACAAAUAUAAUAAUAUUAAUAAUAAUAGAAAAAGUUCAGAGAGAUUGGUGCGUAGUCAACCUCUACCACCACACCAAAAAGCAUUUCAACCAUCAUCCAUGACACCUGAUGAUACUGGAAUGGAUCCAAUUGAACUUGAACCUUGGAUUAUUGAUUCUAUUUUAACUGAAAAACCAAUACCUAAACCAACUUUACAACUUAUUGCUCUUGUACCAGAACCACCAAAAGAAUCAACAUUGGCAAAGAAACAACAAGAUAUUAGUAAUAGUAGAACAGUGGUUGUAUCGGAUGGAAAACAUUUUGUUCAUGCAAUUCUUAAACUAUACGAUAUGAGAAAACUAAUGUUUGCAAAGAAAUCAUAUAUCUUUUCACAUAUCCUCGGAUGUGUGUUUACAUUGGAGAAUUUCAUCGUCUUUCCAAACGAUACCUUUACCGACUUUAUAUUACAUGUCGAUGGUGUAAAGGUUAACCACUUUUUAAAUCACGUCAUCAAUCGUGACGAGAUCAAGGAACCCAAAGAGAAUGAGCAAAUCACAAAGAUUCUGACUCGUAUCAACCCUCUCAACUUUUUCGCCUAUAGCCAUCCACCCGACUAUGCAUCUGAAUUUUUUGGUGCAUCUAGAACCAAUCCAAAGGAAUAUUCUGUCAACCCCGAUGAAUGUAAAAUCUCUGAUCAAUGUAAAAAUGAUUUAUUGGAAAUAGAUGAUCAAGUAUGGAAAGCAGAGGAAGAAGAUGCUUUUAAAAUUAGAAUUGGUUUCCAAGCAGAUACAAUUGACAAGGAUAAGGAUAAACAAAACAAUGUUGAUGAUGACGAAAAGGUGAUUGAUAAAGAAGAAGAAGAAGAAGAGAAAGAGAAAGAGAAAGAGAAAGAGAAAGAGAAAGAGAAAGAGAAAGAAAAAGAAAAACAAUUACAAGAGGAAAAAGAAAAACAAGCACAAGAAGAAAAAGAAAAGGAAAAGGAAAAAGAAAAAGAAAAGGAAAAGGUUCAAGAAGAAACAGAAGAUAUUCAAAGUAGUGCAACAGCACAACAAAGCCAAACAUUCGAAAUUGAGGAAGAAGAAGAAGAUCAACAUCAAAAGAGUUUUGUUGCCGAUAAAGAAUCAACUCAAGAUUUUGGAAAUAAUGUGCAAUCUAGCUUUGACUAUCAAAAUAAUAAUCCAUCUCUAUCAUCGUUUGCCGAUGAGAUUCAGGACCAAGAGGAUAGGGUAGACCAGGAUAUGAGAGAUAAAGAUGAAGCAAUGGAUAAAGAUGAUGAUAACACUGCGAAAAAGGAUGGCAAACAAUCUAAAUCAACAGAUAGUGAUAUUGAAGUAUCAGAUGUUGAAGAUAUGGCCUCUUGGAUACCAAAGAGAACUAAAUCCUCUAGCAUGUUUAAUUCACCACCAGAUCCUUUGGGUUCACCUGCCAUUGUAAAGAAAAGUAACUAUAGUUAUAAACCUGCUACCCCAAAGGGUACUGCAUCCAAAAAAUCGGCUCAAAAACAACAACCAUUCAAAUCACCAGCAAUCAACAAACUACAAGAUGAAAAGAAAAAGGUGGUGACAACUCCAUCAUCAAAAAAGAUAGAUGAUGAAAAGGAAAAGAAAAUAUUGGAAAAGAAAAAACAAGAAGAAGAAAGAGAAGAAAAAGAAAGACAAGAAAGAGAAGAAAGAGAAGAAAGAGAAGAGAGAGAAGAAAGAGAAAGACAAGAAAGAGAAGAAAGAGAAGAAAGAGACAGAGAAAGAGAAGAGAAGAGAUUAGAAAGAGAAAAGAAAAAAGCAGCAACCAAGAAACAAGAAUUAGAAAGAGAAAAGAAGAAAUUGGAAGAAAAGAAGAGAUUAGAUAAGGAAAAAGGGAGACUGAAAUCAAAACCAAAAAUCACACCUAAAAAAGGACAAAAGAGAAAAACUGUUGAUGAUGAUGAUGACGAUUAUGGAUCAAUUACUCCUUCAAAGAAAAAACAAACAAAGAAAAAGACAAAGAAAUCAUCAGAUGAUGACGAUGAUGAUUUUGAUUUUGGAGGAGUGGACCUUGAUGCAUUCUAUAAUUAG